CACACGCUGGUUUCCUCUGCACUCAGUGAUGUCGUCCGUCCUGGUGGUCGUCCUGUAAGAGAGGGAGACCCGAGCCGCUUCCUUUUUAGGGUUUUCUUCUGUUCCUUUUUUAUUUACCCCCCCUCCUUUCUUUCUGUUGUUAUGUUUUAGAACAUUUAAUACCUUUGCGUGUGUGACGUCUGGCUUUUGUUUUUAAAUAAAUAUUUUAUUUCAUGAAUCCUGUUUAUUUGUGUUGGAAUUUUCAUUUAAUAGGGGAUUUGCUUUUUGCAUUGUUUAUUAUUUGAAUGCUUGUCUGUUGAAAGAGAGUGCUGUAUUUUGGCUAACACUAAGGACCUCCGUAACUUUCAUUAGAAACGACAUCAACUAACAUGGCAGUCAGACUGUGCGAUGUGGCCUCUCUGCUUAGAAGUGGUUCGUGGGCAGCAGAGCCUUGGACUGGGCAGGUCAUCGCAGCCAUGGAGACACAGCUUUCCAAUGGACCCUCUUGUAACAACACAACCAACGGCCCCACCACAGUGUCAAACAACUGCUCCUCUCCUGCAGAGUCAGGAAGCAUAGAGGACAGUAAAACUAACUUAAUAGUGAACUAUUUGCCUCAAAAUAUGACACAAGAAGAGCUGAGGAGUUUGUUUGGGAGCAUUGGUGAAAUUGAAUCCUGUAAAUUAGUACGAGACAAAAUCACAGGACAAAGUCUAGGGUAUGGAUUUGUGAACUACGCAGAGCCAAAAGCUGCAGAGAAAGCUAUUAAUACACUAAAUGCUCUGAGACUGCAAACCAAGACCAUCAAGGUUUCCUAUGCCCGUCCGAGCUCGGCGUCCAUCAGAGACGCCAAUCUGUACGUCAGCGGACUGCCGAAAACCAUGACUCAGAAGGAGCUGGAGCAGUUCUUCUCCCAGUAUGGCCGCAUCAUCACCUCCCGCAUUCUGGUGGACCAGGUGACCGGUGUCUCCAGAGGGGUAGGAUUCAUCAGAUUUGACCGGCGGACCGAAGCCGAGGAAGCCAUCAAGGGCCUCAAUGGGCAGAAGCCCCCCGGUGCCGCGGAACCAAUAACGGUGAAGUUCGCCAACAACCCAAGCCAGAAGACCACCCAGGCGCUGCUCUCUCAGCUGUACCAGACAUCCAGCAGGAGGUACUCUGGACCCCUGGCACAGCAAGCACAGCGCUUCCGGUUGGACAGUAUCCUGAACAUGGCUUAUGGUGUGAAGAGCAGAUUUUCUCCCAUGACCAUCGAUGGUGUCACCAGCUUGCCUGGCAUCAACAUCCCGGGGCACACAGGAAGCUCAUGGUGCAUCUUCGUGUACAACCUGGCACCAGAUGCGGACGAGAGCAUCCUGUGGCAGAUGUUUGGUCCGUUUGGAGCCGUGACGAAUGUGAAGGUCAUCCGCGAUUACAGCACCCACAAGUGCAAAGGCUUCGGCUUCGUCUCCAUGACGAAUUAUGAAGAGGCAGUCAUGGCCAUCGCGAGCUUGAACGGAUACCGUCUUGGGGACAGAGUUCUGCAAGUCUCAUUUAAAACUAACAAAACGCACAAAGCUUAAUGUCUUAGCAACAUUUAAGAGGGAGGGGAAUAAACUUUAUACAUUAGUAAAAGUCUCUUUGUAAGUCGGUUCAGUUACAAAGAAUUGAUGUUUAGCGUCGUGUUUUUUUUUUUUUUUUUUUUUUAUUAUUAUUAAUGCUGACUUAAUAUAUAGUUUCAAAUGAAGAGAGGUGUUUUACCUGGCGUUGCAUUCUAAUGCCUUCUUUAAAGUAACUUUUUAAUGUUUUUUCUUUUUUGUGGUUUUGUUGCAUAUAUGCUUUGGAAAAAGUCUUGUAAGGCAUUGUAAGGUGGUUUUUCUUUAUUUUUAUUGUCAGUUUGCCUUGGGUGCACUUGCCUCUAAGUGAUAAAUAGAAAGUACUUUGAAUCACUGCUGUUUGUGUAUUUCUGUUUGCCAGUUAAACUGCUUUGUUGUGUUAUUAGUUGGUUUAUUGGUUGGCUACAAAAUGUUGCUUAUCGUACGAUUACAGGAGACAACUUUUCUAAAGCAGUACCUUGCCAAAGAGCUAGGAACCUCUUUGAUGUGGGUUUAAAGAAGCAUCUAUUUUUAUAAAAAGAACAAUUUGGAGAAACUUUUUACCGGACCUGGAACAAAUAUUUUGACUUGGAUACUUUGGGAAAAAGAUAUCUUCAUAUAACACAUUGCAAGCUUUUGAACUUUACCAGGAACUUUGCUGUGGUUGAAAUUUCUGGAGAGCUUUAUGAUCUAAAAGGUACCUUUUGAGAUCUUUGUAUUCAGAUUCUAAAAACGAAUGGAUUUAUUAGUUAAUUGGUGUCCGUUUUAUUUGUACAAUCAUCAGUGAGUUGUGCGGCCAUCUCCGUUUGUGACAAGCAGCUCACGUUUUUGUGUAUUAUUUUGGAAUAGGAGUAGUGCAAAGUUAAACUUCAUAGAAACGCAUAUCAAGUAGAAUGUGUGGGGGAGGAGGUCAAAGGGGAAAGUAAAUCAGUUCUUCCGAUAGGAUUCCCUUCAGAGAAGCCCACUGGUCAGUAGUGCAUUUUCUGUUACAGGCCUUUUUUUGUGUUUUUCCUGCUUUGAACAAGGUGACACCUAUUUGAG